AUGAAGCUCACAUUCAGAGAUCUGAAACAACAGAAGUUCGUGAUUGAUGCCGAACCAUCAGAAACUGUUGGCCAGGUGAAGGAGAAGAUCUCCACGGAAAAGGGAUGGGACGUGCCUUCGCUGAAACUCAUCUACUCUGGAAAGAUUCUUCAAGAUGACAAGACGGUCGAGUUCUACAACAUCGAGGAGAAGGGAUUCAUCGUGUGCAUGGUCUCCAAGCCCAAGACUCAGCCGUCCUCCCAGGGUCCGUCGACACCAGCGAAAUCAGUGACUUCCACUCCCGCGCCUCCUCCCGCCCCUGCUCCAUCCGCAAACACAUCUUCCUCGGCUGCCUCUGCGCCAGUUCCGGCAACCCCAUCGCCCGCUUCAUCUGGAGCCGCCCAGCCACCUGCAGGUUCUUUUAAUGACCCCUCAGCGCUGCUGAGCGGUUCGCAAAGCGAAGAGGUGAUCAACCAGAUGAUGAGUAUGGGCUUCGAGAGGGACCAAAUCAAUCGUGCGAUGAGGGCUGCUUUCUUCAACCCAGACCGGGCUAUCGAAUACCUCCUGAAUGGCAUUCCGGAAAAUAUCCAGCAGGAGCAACAACAACGAUCCGCCGCUGCUACCCCUGCCGCUGCUCAAGCCCCCGCUGCUACUGGAGCUACACCUGCAUCCGGAGAAGACGAACCGGUCAACCUCUUCGAAGCCGCUGCUCAAGCUGGCAACACUGAAGGUCGAGGCGGGGCCGGGGCCGGGGCCGCGUCUGGUGGUGAAGCUCAGUCGCUCGACUUCCUCCGCAAUCAUCCAACUUUUCAGCAGCUUCGCCAGCUGGUCCAACAGCAACCUCAGAUGCUGGAGCCUAUUCUUCAACAAAUCGGCCAGGGCAAUCCUCAGAUUGCACAGCUUAUUGGACAGAACGAAGAGGCGUUCCUUCAACUGUUGAGCGAAGAGGACGAUGCUGCGCUCCCCCCGGGCACAACUCAGAUUCACGUUACAGAGGAGGAGCGAGACGCUAUCGAAAGGCUUUGCCGACUUGGAUUUUCGCGAGACCUGGUCAUUCAGGCCUAUUUCGCGUGCGAUAAGAACGAAGAGCUCGCGGCGAACUACCUGUUUGAGAACUCUGACGAUGGUGACGAUGCAUGA